AUGAAGAAUAUAUUCAAUGAAUUUGAUAAGGAGAAUACAUACGACCAUAGGACACUGAAAACUAGGCUUCCCGUCCGCUCAGCCAUAUAUAAGCAGUGUACCGGCGGAUUAGUAGUUAGGUGGGUGACCACUAGCGAAUCCCCGCUGUUAAACAAGUAA